GGUGUUUCCACACAUCCAUCUCAAUAUCCAUCUCAAGUUUUAUUAAAUCCACAUUUAUAAGUUGAUCCACUAAUGGGUUUUUGACUAGUAAAUCUUUCUAUUUUGCAAAAGGAUCCGGAUAUUACUAAUUCUGUAGCCUCUUUCAUUUAAAAAAAAAGGUCCGAAAGAAGUAUAAAUCCUUUCAUACAUGUUGGGGUAUCCUGAACACCAAUGAUAGUUGAUAAAAUCCCCGAACAGUUUGUGUAUUUCUCGAUACAACCUUUUAUUCUGGUAUUGGAGGUGGAUACAUGGCUAUGAAAAAUAUGUUUGAGAUAAUGGGCUGCGAGGGGAUCAUCGCCAUCUAUUUUAGCAGAUCUGCAAUUACUCAUGUAGACUAUCGGGGGAGUACAGGAUGCAAGUUCCUCUGGAGAUUGACAGGCAUAACUUAGAGACUAUCAAGCCUUGUGGACGCAUCAAUGCGUGCAUGACUGUUGGAAGAGAUACUUUAUACUUGUAUGGGGGCAGGAUGGAGGUCAAAGAUCGUGAAAUUACACUAGAUGAUCUGUACACACUUAAUCUCAGCAAACUGGAUGAAUGGAAGUGCAUACUACCAGUUUUUGAUGUAAGUCUCUCUAAGCUGUUUACUGUGUACCUUCUAUCCACGUAUCAUACAUAA